AUGUCUGACGGAUUUGAUCCAUAUGCGCAAAACGGUGGUACAACCAUUGCUAUUGCUGGUGAAGGAUUUUCUUUGCUAGCAGGUGAUACUAGAAAUGUGAAUGGUUACAACAUCAAUACCCGUUUCAUGCCUCGUGUUCACGAAGUCGGAGAUGAUUUAGUAGUUGGUGCAUCUGGAUUUGAGGCAGAUGCUUUAGCGCUUGUCAAACGCAUUCAGCAGCGAAUUGAGCUCUAUCAUGACAAUCACGACAGAAAGAUGAACGCUCAAUCAUGCGCACGAAUGGUGCGUACUUUAUUAUAUGGCAAACGCUUUUUUCCUUACUACGUUUACACCCUUGUAGCCGGAAUGGAUAAAGAAAAUCUCGGAGAAAUCUAUUCCUUUGAUCCUGUUGGGUCAUACGAACGAGAAUGGUGUCGUGCAGGAGGUUCUGCGGCGAAUUUCAUCACGCCGUUUUUGGACAACCAAGUAAAUUUACAUAAUCAAUAUAUCCCAGGCACGAAUGGCGCUGAAGCUAAACCUCACAGACUUUUAACCCUAGAAGAAGCUAUGAAGCUAGUCCAUGAUGCCUUUACUAGUGCUGGUGAGCGACAUAUUGAGGUCGGUGACUCUGUAUUAGUUAAGAUUAUUACAAAAGAUGGUGUGGAAACUAGAAUACUUCCUCUUAAAAGAGAUUAA